AUCAUAUUAAAUGGAAGGUUGCUCUACUUUUGAUAUGAAAAUGUGUUCCUUCAGAUAUUAGACAGGCCUGAGACAUCUUACUGUAAAUUUAAAAUUCUGUGCACUAAAUUGGUGUGGUGGGGUUGGGAAGAAGAGAAACAAAAUUGCAGAGAAAAAAUGAAUUAGUAUUGCAUUUGAUGAUGAGUAGGAAGACAAUAUCAUGUGAUUGCACAAGGACUAUGUCUCCCUAGACCCCAUCCAGUCCAGCUAAUUUGCUUUAUAGUUUCUUGACCAUUCAUUUCAAUGCAAUCGAUAUACCUGUCCUACAUAUCCUAUCAAGGGUAUUAUUCAUUAUAAAUACACAUAAGAAUAUGAUCACUAGCAUCCCAACUCCUCAAACUCACAAAUAUCAAGCUCUCCUUGCAAGCUUUCUGAGAUAUCUUUGCCUACUUUUGCUUCAUUCUUCUUCCUUUAGACACUCUUAUUACAAUCAUGGCUUUCGCUUUGCUAGCUUAGUUCAUGCCAAGCAACUCAUUCAGAGGCCUUUUACAAGCACAAAAGAUAUUCCUAAAGGCUUUUUGGCAGUUUAUGUUGGUGAUGAGAGAAGAAUGAAGAGAUUUGUGAUCCCUGUGGCAUACUUGAACCAGCCUUCAUUCCAAGACUUUCUAAGUCAAGCUGAAGAACAAUUCGGAUUCGAUCAUCCAAUGGGAGCUCUUACAAUUCCCUGCACAGAAGAUGCCUUCCUCGAUCUUAUUUCUCGCUUGAAUGCCUAAAGAAUGGCAUACACAUGCUGAUUAUUGACCGUCUAACAAAAAUGAUUGUUACAAUUUUGUAAGGCAGACAUUGCCAAAACCAUGUAAAUAUUUUUCCUUGGGGGCCAAAGUUAAAAGUGUCCCUAAGAUUGAGAGAAAUUCAUACUGCUACACUUUUUUCUUCAUUACAUGACAACUACCAACUUUUCAA